CCUUUUCUCUCUAUAUUCCAACUGUACGCUUUGAGAAAGAGUGGGAGGAGACAGAGGAUCGAAAUGAUCAGCGUUGAGAUGGAGGCGGAGAUCGAGCGGCUUCCGGUGGACCUCCUCGCCCACAUCUUCUCCCUGAUCUCAUCCUUCAGAGAUUUAGCCAAAGCGAGCGGGGUUUGCCGGAAAUGGAAGUCGGGGGUAGAGCAGUCGUUUGCAAGGAAGGAGAGGCUGAGUUUCGCCGGUUGGAAGGUGGACGACAGCUCCGCCACGCGGCUCGUCCAAGCUUCAUAUAACCUCAAGGAGCUCGACAUCUCUCGGAGUUGCUGGGGUUGUCAGAUAACCGAUGAAGGGCUGUAUAUGAUAUCUUCUGCCAAGUGUGUCAACAAUUUGAUGUCUAUUUCUGUAUGGGGCAUGGCCGGAAUCACUGAUAAUGGUGUAAUUCAAUUGGUCUCAAAGGCUGCAUCAUUGCAGCAUCUGAACAUUGGAGGCACAUUUAUAACGGAUGAAUCAUUAUUUGCAAUUGCCAAUAGCUGCCCUCACUUGAAGUCAAUUGUACUAUGGAGUUGCCGCCAUGUUACCGAGAACGGCCUCUUUGCACUCGUAUACAAAUGCCGCAAGCUUAAGUCAAUCAAUGUGUGGGGCAUGAGGGUGCCAGUGGACUGCUUCAUCAGCCUCCUUUCCAUUAGUCCUGCUCUGCAGAUAAAGCCUUUAUACCGGCCUGCUGCUACUGCACUUCCAGUAACCUAAGCUUCUCUAAGCAUUCAUAUGAUAUGCAUAUUGUAUUGUCAAUGUUAGUUUGAAUGAUGAAAUGUUCAUUGAUCUGUAAUUGGACUCACUUCUUACUGUCCACUCCCUUCCAUCUCCUUCUUUGAAAGUUGCUUCUUUGAUUCAUUCGGAUAUUUUAUGUUUGUGUAUAAAUAUGUUCUUAUUGAUCGGCUGUUCUAUGUUUGUAUAUAAAUGUUUUGUAAGUAAAUAUUCUUAUUUAUUGGAGUUAUUAUUUAGUGUCUA